GGCGGGGCCGUAAGGCGACACAAAUGCUGUUUUUCAGGCGCCUCCAUUUGCUCCCACCUCUCCACUCCCGGGCGCAGCCGCGGUUUUCUGGAUGAGACGGGGACGAAGUCGGCCCCUGCGAGGAACCGGCCCGCCUCAGGAAGGACGCCCGGGGGAGCGGGCUGGAAGGAUGAGGAGCUGCUGCCGGAGACUUCCGCCGCAGCAGGAGGGAUUCGAGUUAGACCCCGGGCAGGAGUUCCAGGCGGUGAGCUCUUUUUGCAAAGUUCUCAAGGGCAACGAGGGCGACUUUGGCUCCAACGCCUCAAGAUAGCGUCUUGCUCGCUGCAGGCAUCUCAGGUCCUGUCCAGGAGAACCUGGCCACCGAAGGGUCGUCUUCUGCUGCUGACCCCCGUCAAAUCCCAUCAUGCCCACAGCCCUGUGCCCCCGAGUCUUGGCUCCAAAGGAAAGUGAGGAGCCCAGGAAAAUGAGGAGCCCACCGGGAGAGAAUCCUAGCCCCCAGGGGGAGCUUCCCAGCCCCGAGUCCUCCCGCCGCCUCUUCCGCCGCUUCCGCUACCAGGAGGCUGCGGGCCCCCGGGAGGCUCUGCACCGCCUCUGGGACCUGUGCCGGGGCUGGCUGCGGCCUGAGAGGCACACCAAGGAACAGAUCCUGGAGCUGCUGGUGCUGGAGCAGUUCCUGGCCAUCCUGCCCCGGGAGAUCCAGGGCUGGGUGCGGGCCCAGGAGCCCGAGAGUGGCGACCAGGCUGUGGCAGCCGUGGAGGCGCUGGAACGGGAGCCGGGGAGACCCUGGCAGUGGCUCAAGCACUGUGAAGACCCCGUGGUGAUCGAGGACGGGGACGGCCCUCCGGACCAGGAGCAGGAGCGGCUGCCGGCAGAAGCCCAGAGCGACCUUGCCAAGAGCCAGGACACCCAGCCCGUGGCCCUGACGCCAUGCCCUGGGCUCCCAAGCAGACCGCCAGGCCAGCUCAGUGGGGAUCCAGUUCUGCAAGACACCCCCCUUCUUCAGGAAGCAAGUUUGAGGGACGCACAGCAGAUGACGGCCCUCCAGCUGCCCCCGAAUCGGGUCUCCCCCUUCAAGGACAUGAUCUUCUGCUUCUCGCAAGAGGACUGGUCCCUUCUAGACCCUGCACAAACUGGCUUCUACGGAGAGUUCAUCAUCGGGGAGGACUGUGGCGUCUCACUGCCUCCAAAUGACCCAGGCACCCAGCUGGAUCUCUCCCAGGGAGAGGAGAACGAGCCCCGGGUCCCCGAGUUGCAGGACCUCCAAGGGAAGGAUGUGACCCAGGUUUCAUACUUGGACUUUCCAAGUCUCCAGCCAUUCCAGAUAGAAGAGAGACGAAAACGGGACGAGCUACAGGUGCCCGAGUUCCAGACCUGCCAGCAGACGACACUCACUCAAAACACCUGCCCAGCCGGAGGUGACGCGCUGGCCCCAGAGAAUGGCCUGGAUGAGGAGGUGACCAUCGAGAUCGUCCUGUCCAGCUCUGGGGACGAGGACUCCCAGCUCGGCCCCUACUGCGCGGAUGAGCUGCGGAGCCCCACGGAGAAGCCGCGCAGCCUGCCCACCUCCCACCGGAGUGGCGCCGAGGCCGGGGGCGAGGUGCAGACGUCGUCCUCGAAGAAGUCUUACAUUUGCCCGAACUGCGGGAAAAUCUUCCGCUGGAGGGUCAACUUCAUCCGGCACCUGCGCAGCCGCAGGGAGCAGGAGAAGCCGCACGAGUGCUCGGUGUGCGGGGAGCUGUUCAGCGACAGCGAGGACCUGGACGGGCACCUGGAGAGCCACGAGGCCCAGAAGCCGUACCGCUGCGGCGCCUGCGGGAAGAGCUUCCGCCUGAACUCACACCUGCUGUCGCACAGGCGCAUUCACCUGCAGACCAGCAGACUGGGGCCGCUGCAGAAGCGCGAGGCCGAGGCCGCGGCGGGCGCGGGUCCGUGGGCGGGGGUCCCGGCGCUGCUGCCCGACGGCUCGGCCGAGCUCAGCUUCCAGUGCUGCGAGUGCGGCAAGGCGUUCCAGCGGCCCGACCACCUGGCGCGCCACCGCACCAGCGUGCACGGCAAGGACAAGGCGCGGCCCUUCCAGUGCCGGUACUGCGUCAAAAGCUUCUCGCAAAACUGUGACCUCCUCCGCCACCAGCGUCUGCACAUGAAGCGCCGCUCCAAGCAGGCUCUGAACUCCUACUGAGGGGGCCUGCCGGGGCGGGGGGGGGGGCAGGGCACGUCCCGGAGCAGGGCGCAUUCCCCACCCCUUCCUCGCGCGGGGGCAACCCCUCCAGGCAGGGCAGCGUCCUGUCCGGUCCCCCAUCCCGUCCUUCUCCCAAU